AGAUUUUGUUCAUUCUUAAUUGCUAGGGUUUCUAUCUCUCUCGUAUUCUGCAAUCGCGCACACACACCUGAAUUACCCAAAUUAUUUGACUUAUUUAUUUGUUUUUGCUACAAAUUCGUGCUAUUUAAACGGUGAAUCGAGGAAAAAUAUAGAUGGCACCGAGGGUGACGAGGAGGACUGCGGCUGGGCCGGGCAGCAAGCGAGCUAUGCGGGGUCGGGCCGCGGCGGCGAAGGUACUGGAGGAGGUUGUGAUUAUGGAGGAAGUGAGGGUUGAGGAGGAAAAGCCGCCGGUACCUCUGGAGGAGAAUGGGAUGGACCCGGCAGUAGGCAUGGAUGAGAAUGAAACAAAGCCGUCUAUGUCUACUGAAGACAAAGAGACGGAGGCUGAGGGGGAUGCUGAUACAAACGUUCAGAAUGAGAUUGAGGAUGAUCCUUCCAAGAAGGACACUUAUGCUAAAGUAUCCAUUGAUGAUUAUGAGAGAGAUGAGCGGUUGGACUUGGAGGAUAAUGAACCUGAGUAUGAACCUGAAGAAUAUGGAAGUGUAGAUUAUGAUGACAAGGAAAUUGAGCAAGAUCCUCAAGAAGACGAAGGUGAACCGGAGGAAGAUCCUGAAGAAGUGGAUGUUGGUGAUGACGAGGGUGACUUGGUUGAGGAAGCGGUAGGUGCUCCUGAAGAACUUGAACCUGAUGAAGAAGAUGAGCAUGAGGGGGAGGGUCAUGCUGAGAUGUAUGAUGCUGCCGAGCAAGAAGAACAGCAUGAAGUUGUAAAGGAGAGACGAAAGCGGAAGGAGUUUGAAAUUUUUGUUGGCGGAUUGGACAAGGAUGCUACUGAGAGUGAUCUUAGGAAAGUUUUCGGUGAAGUUGGUGAGGUUACUGAAGUUAGACUUAUGAUGAAUACUCAGACAAAGAAAAACAAGGGUUUUGCUUUUCUACGUUUUGCAACUGUGGAGCAAGCAAAACGAGCUUGUGCUCAGUUGAGAAAUCCAGUGGUUAAUGGCAAGCAGUGUGGUGUUAUUCCUAGCCAGGACAGUGAUACUCUGUUUGUGGGUAACAUAUGCAAGACAUGGACAAAAGAGGCUUUGAAAGAGAAGCUAAGGCAUUAUGGUGUUAAGGAUCUUGAGGAUUUGACAUUGGUUGAAGACAGUAACACUGCGGGGUUAAACAGAGGCUUUGCCUUCCUGGAGUUCUCGUCCCGAUCUGAUGCCAUGGAUGCUUUUAAGCGUCUACAGAAGAGGGAUGUAGUAUUUGGAGUAGAUAGGCCCGCAAAAGUUUCUUUUGCCGACUCCUUUAUCGACCCCGGUGAUGAAAUAAUGGCUAAGGUUAAGACUGUUUUUGUGGAUGGUAUAUCUGCAUCUUGGGCUGACGAGCAUGUGAAGAAUCUUCUUGAGAAGUAUGGGGAGAUUGAGAAAAUUGAGCUUGCCCGUAAUAUGCCAUCGGCCAGGAGAAAGGAUUUUGGAUUUGUUACAUUUGACACCCAUGAUGCUGCUGUUAUUUGCGCUAAAAGUAUCAACAAUGAGGAGCUGGGCGGAGGAGAUGAUAAGGUUAAAGUUAGGGCAAGAUUGUCAAGACCCCUUCAGAGAGGCAAAGGGAAGAGCGUUGCUCGAGGUGACUCGCGGCCUGUGCGUGGGUCAGUUAGAGGUGCUAGGAGUCCAUGGGGUGGCCCUGUUAACCGUAGUGCCUCCUUCCGUGGGUCUGUAGGAACUGGAUCGCGUAUUCCUCCUGUAGCUGAUCGCGGGUAUAGAAGACCUGCUGGGAUUCGGGAUAGAAGACCAGUCGUGGCUCCUCCUCCUCCUCGAAGUAGGCCAGCUGCUCCCUUACCGAGGUCCUAUGACAGGAGGCCGCCGCCGCCUGUUACAUCAUACUCCAAGAGCGGUUUGAAGAGGGAUUAUGGUCACCGAGAGGAGCUUCAUCCUAGAAGCAGAGCUGCAGUAGACUACAGCUAUCGAGAAGUUUCAGAUAGACGUAUGCAAUAUAAAGACGAUUAUCCUCCUCGCGCACCUGCUUACCCUGAUUAUCCUAGAGUUGAUGUUCCGAGGUCUGCAGAAAGAAGACCUUAUGUGGAUGAUGGCUACAGUCAAAGGUAUGAAAGGCCUCCUCCAAGUUACAGGGAUGCACGUGGUCGUGAAUACGUUUCUAUGCCUGGUUCUAAACGCCCAUAUGCUGUCUUGGAUGAUGGCCCUCCACGCUAUUCCGAGGCUGGGAUGCGUCACUCUCGUGCACGUCUAGAUUAUGAUCUUGGUAGUGGAGCUUCUCACUAUGGUGAUGCUUACAGUGAUAGGUUAGGGAGGUCAAACAUUGGUUAUGGUGGAAGUCGAGGCUCUUUACCCAGUCAAGAUCCCCAUGGGUUUUACAGUGGUCGUCAAGGAAUGGGUUACAAUGGAGGUCCUUAUGGUGGUAGCAAUGUUGGUGGGAUGUACUCAUCAAGCUCUGGUGGUGGUUAUAUGUCACGUGGGAGUAAUGUUGACAGUAGCUCUUAUUCUUCACUUUACCCUGGACGGGGUUUGGGUGGAAGUAGCUAUAUGGGAAGCAGUGGUUCCAGAAAUGGAGUUGAGGAGAGGCUGCUCUAGGAUGUGGAAGGUUUCAAUUAUGAAAUUUUAAUGCUCACAUUUCCAGAUGAGAUAUUAUUCGGACAUAAGAAAUUUUCAUGGUUUGAGAGACAAAUACGAGUAUUAUCUUAAGGUGUUUUGAUGCACAACAAACUAUUUGUAGAUGUAACGGAUUGGAUUCUAUUAUUUAUAAAAUGCUGUACGGGUUGUUAAGUUUCAGAACUAAGACGAGACCGUCUACCGGAUGUGAUGUUUUAUAAAAAAAUGUGUUAAGGUACUUCCCCCCUAUUGUUGCACACAAAACUUACGGAAAAGUAUGCAUUUUAUGUUUCGAGGAGAAAACAACAAUAUGGAAAAGCCUCAAAAGUCGUAUGGCAUGUGGAUUUUGGGUCCAUAUGUUUUGCUGGUAGGUGCAGGUUAUUGGAUAAGCAAGAUAUAACUUUCCUAUACCAAAGCAUAAAAUGGUUGCAAUCUAUUCGUUUUCCAAUUCAAGGAGGUCCACCAAGACAAAUGGAAAUGACUACGGAUGCUCUGGAAGAAUGUCAAUUGAGUUUCUGGCUCUGGUUACUCAUUAAUGGAUUUACGCGCUUUUACAAAUGCUCAGAAAUGAAUCUAUUUACUGGAUUAGCACACCGUUACAUUUAUGGAAAUGAGAUGAGCAUGUUGGAACUGGAACCUUCUACAUUAUCUGAAUCAAGACUUCUUAGUAGCAUUGUAUUUCUCAUUAUGUGCUAUAGGAAUCAUACAUGUCUGAUUAAUUAGGUGUUAUUUUGGAGGUCUGGCGUUCCUAUGAAGUGAAAGAGACUACUUUCCUGAGACCAAGAAAAUUUUCAUUGAGUUAUUUUCUGGUUGGUCUCCUUAACAAGACGACAUUUCAGUACAAUGUCUGUAGCUUUCUUCUGAGUUUAGGUGGCUGAUGAUACAUGCAUCUUCUGAUACAACUUUGGCGUAUGUUAUAUCUUUGCUUGAAGCCGCCUUGUUUGUUCUCACCUCAUAAGUUGAAUUGGUUUUGUUCAACUUAAGUGGUAUUUAGUGGAGAAAUCACAUUAAAAUUAGGGAAUUUUAGUAUAGUCUUUCUAUCGGACCUAAUAACAUAGGAAAAGUUGGACUUUAAGCAAGCAGAAGUUGGAUUUGUUUCGUUUGGUCUUUUGGUCUGAUCAAAUGCAUUGAGAAGUAAUGCCGUCAAGGUUCAAUGGUCUUGGGUGAAUAUUCCCUCGUAGUUCAAGUCAUCAGGGGCAAUGAAUAUGCGUUCUAGUCCUUUAGUUCACUUUAAACUUUGAAGGAAAUAUAUAUAUUACUCUUUUCAGGGUUUAAAAACUCAGAUGGUCUGCACUUUUUUCUUUAUAUCCUCUCUUUAUUUUUCUUCUCUUUAAGUGGAUAGUUACAAAAAUCCCAUUGAGUUUCGAGUUAAUGACCAAAGGAGCCCAACAGUAGGAGAGUGUGUCUAUAUUUUGAAGGGUUGAUGUGCAUUCCUUUUACGUCUUAAAUGUGUUUUUGCAUUGUAGAAAUUUCUAUAAUGACAUGACUUGUCAUUUUUGCAUUGUAGAAAUUCCUUUUACGUACAUGCCUUUUUUUAGUAUUUCGAAUAAUCGAGUGUGGGGAGUUUGCUUCAGUUACUAAUUCGGGCUGGUACAUGGUUGAACUAAGAUAUACAAUGUAAAGAAGUUCUCUCUGAUGUCACGUGACUUCCAGGUUGUUUUAGGAACUCAAAUAACAUGUGAUGCUCAUUUGUUUGUGUUCAAGUGAUGUAUGAGUGUUCACAGGGUCUGAGGUUUUUUCAGAUGGGAGUUGAGGAAUGCUGUUCUCUUUUCAUGUACUCCCAAGGGGUGUUUAUACAGAUCAUUUUGUAGCCAUUUUCAUUUAUAUUUUUUUUUUGUACAACUAUGUUGGUAUUUAUAAAAAUGUAAACCAGAUAUGUAGUCUACGUAGUAUUCUUGACAUUAUUGAUUAUUGAUUGUAUCCGAAUGAAUUACAUAAUGGUAAC